AUGUUCUCCUCGGCACUCAAGUCGAUAUCAUCGACCAACAUCACCGCGAACUACUCCAUCUCCUCGACCCAGACCUCGUCCGCCGGCCCAUGGAAGAUUUACGACUGCAAGAAGAAGUCUACCGGAAAACCAUACAGCGUAUUUGUGUUUGACAAGAAGGGACUCGACAACCAUGGAAGCAGUCUAGGCAGAUCAAGCGCGUCCGCCUUCAAGCGAGCCACUGAGGAGGUUAUCGAGCGCCUGAAGAAGGAAGCCUCCAGCUUGGCGAAGCUGAGACACCCGAGCGUUCUCGAGCUCGUCGAGCCAGUGGAAGAAACAAGAGGUGGUGGACUACAAUUCGUCACGGAAGCUGUCACGGGCUCUCUGGCGGCUCUGCUGCAAGAGAAGGACGACCAGGAACGGAGUGGUGGGGUUGGCGGCCGGUCGAGUCGUUAUGUCACCGAAGAUUCUGAUGGUGUGCGCCGGCGGCGCGAGUUGGAGAUUGACGAGCUCGAGAUCCAGAAGGGUCUCUUGCAAAUCAGCAAAGCUCUGGAGUUCUUACACGAGAACGCUGGGUUGGUGCACGGAAACCUGACACCAGACGCCAUCAUCGUGAACGCCAAGUCCGAUUGGAAAAUCAGUGGUCUCGCUUUCUGCGCGCCGUCAGAGGGAUCCAACAAGCCGACCUCCUUUCAACCCAUCAGCCUGUCAGAGGUGCUCAACCCAGACCCUCGACUGCCUCGUUUUGUGCAGCUGAACCUCGACUACACCUCUCCCGACUUUGUCAUUGACAACAACUUUACCCACUUUGCCGACAUGUUCUCAUUAGGUCUCCUAGCCGUGGCCCUUUACAACUCACCACAUCAGUCUCCCAUCGAAGCUCACGGCAGCUUAUCAACAUACAAGAGAACAUUCGCCUCGUCAUCCACAGUACCGUCUGCUACCAACCAAUUCUUAUCAUCACGACCUUUACCCAAGGAGCUGGUUCAACAUGUUUUGCCGCGCCUGAUAACACGACGACCUGCUCAGCGUCUCACAGCAAAGGAAUUUCAAGAAAGUGAAUACUUCAACAACGUGCUUGUUUCGACAAUCAGGUUUUUGGACGCUUUCCCAGCAAAGACUCCAAACGAGAAGGCUCAGUUCAUGAGGGGACUAGUCAAGGUUAUGCCUUCAUUCCCCAAGACUGUUAUGGAGAAGAAGUUAUUACCAGCGUUGCUUGAAGAGAUGAAAGACAAGGAUCUUAUAGCGUUGAUUCUUCAAAACGUCUUCACCAUCGUUGAUUUACUACCCUCUGCGAGGAGGGUGUUUGCCGAAAAAGUACGGCCAGCAUUGAAAGCAACAUUUGCCCCACCCCCGAAGAAGGACCAGGCUCCUGAGAGGGACCCGACGAAGGAUGCUGGGUUGAUGGUUGUGCUCGAACACAUGUCUACAAUCUGCAACAACUGCAAUGGCAAGGAAUUCACUGAUGGUAACAACACCCACAACAUGAAAAUAUCUAGCGGGACUGACAGCUAUUUAGAUAUCUUGCCCGUUGUUUACGCAGCAAUCGAAGCACCAACACCGGCCGUUGUUGACGCGGCCCUGAGAGGUCUACCUUCUAUUCUACCAGUUCUCGACUUUAGCACCAUCAAGAAUGAGCUAUUCCCAGUCAUUGCGGCCGUGUUUAGCAAAACGAGUAGUUUGGCCAUCAAGGUGCGCGGCUGCCAAGCAUUCGUCGUCCUGUGUGGCGGAACAUCCGACGCGGAAGACGAUGGCCUCGAUGCUUUCGGUACUUCAAAGAAGAAAUCAACUUCGUCCUCUAGCAUGCUGGAUAAAUAUACCAUGCAGGAGAAGAUCAUCCCGUUGAUCAAGGCUAUCAAAACGAAAGAGCCUGCGGUCAUGAUGGCAGCCCACGGCGUUCUGCGAGUUGUAGGUGAAGCAGCCGAUGCCGAGUUUGUGGCGAUUGACAUCCUUCCCAUUCUGUGGCAUAUGAGUCUCGGCCCUUUGCUCAAUCUCAAACAGUUCCAGAGCUUCAUGGACCUUAUCAAGAAGUUGUCCAAAAGAGUGGAAGACGAACAGACUAGGAAGUUGCAAGAGCUCUCUGGUACCAACGGCAGCACUGCCGGGGCUAAUGAGGACUUCAUGGCCUUUGGCGGCGUCAGUGGGACCUCUUUUGAUGCCUCCAAUGGAGCGACAGAAGACGAUUUUGAGAGCCUUGUCAAGGGCAAAACGACACGAACGUCAACUUCGGAUGCAUUCUCUAGCUGGGAAGAGCCACCCGCUGCGGCAGCCAGAGUUACCUCGCCCGCGCCCGGGAGUAGGUCAGCAACUCCGGCCUUUGCGUGGUCAACUCCGAGUCCUACUCAGACAGCACCACCUCCAGCGCCUAAGCCUCAACCUAGUUUCCGGACGGUGACGCCUGACAUGGGUUCUUUCCAAACCAUGACUCCAACAUCGACUCAAUUCUCUAAACCUCUGCAGCCAACUUCGCCAAUGUCGCAGCCAGCGGCACAGCCCAGCUCAUCCAUCAACUGGUCCACGGCGUCGGCAGCAACUUCUAAUCCGUGGUCGUCGUCGUCAACAUCAACGCCGGCCUUCUCGGCCGGUAACUCCAUGUCGCCACCUCCGAGCUCCGCUUUUGGUGGAAUGAGUACGCCCAUGUCCAACAUGUCGCUCGGUGGGCAAAGACCAGGCAUGUCACAGUCAUCUUCGUUUUCCCUGCCGCCACCGCCCGCCGGUAAUUCGACGGGUGGCUUUUCCGGAUCUUCCGGGUUUAGCCUACCGCCGCCUCCCAGUCACACGCCGCCUGUGCAAUCAGGCUUGAGCGCUUUCAGCAAACCUGUAGCUAGCACUGGCAUGGGCAUGAUGAGUCAACAAUCGAUGAAUGGCCUGAACAGUAUCGGCUCGCGGCCUGGUAUGGGUAUGAGCAUGGCGUCUAGCGGCAGCAUGAAUAGUAUGAUGAACAGUAACAUGGGUAUGAACGGUGUGGCUGGCCUUCAGCAACAGCAGCAGCAACAGCAGCAGAAGCCCCAGCAGAAGAGCGGGUUGGAUAAGUACGAGAGUCUAAUUUAG